AUGCUGUCAUCAGUGAAUGUCCGAAGCCACAGACCGGAAAGUGGAGUCCGGAGGAAAGCCCAAGAAAACCUCAUUAAACCAACAAAACAGCAGAAGCGACAGCAGCAGAAGCGACAGCAGCAGGAGCGACAGCAGCAGGAGCGACAGCAGCAGAAACGACAGCAGCAGAAGCGACAGCAGCAGGAGCGACAGCAACAGGAGCGACAGCAGCAGGAGCGACAGCAGCAGGAGCGACAGCAGCAGAGCGACACAGCAGCAGGAGCGACAGCAGCAGAAGCGACAGCAGCAGGAAGCGACCAGCAGCAGGCAGCGACAGCAGCAGAAGCGACAGCAGCAGAAGGACAGCAGCAGAAGCAGAGCGAGCAGCAGAAGCGACAGCAAGCAGCAAGCACAGCAGCAGCAGAAGCGACAGCAGCAGGAGCGAGCAGCAACAGGAGCGACAGCAGCAGAAGCGACAGCAGCAAGGAGCGACAGCAGGAGCGACAGCAGCAGAAGCGACAGCAGCAGGAGCGCAGCAGCAGAAGCGACAGCAGCGCAGAAGCGACAGCAGCAGGAGCGACAGCAGGCAGCAAGCGACAGCAGCAGAAGCGACAGCAGCAGGAGCGACAGCAGCAGAAGCGACAGCAGCAGAAGCGACAGCAGCAGGAGCGACAGCAGCAGAAGCGACAGCAGCAGGAGCGACAGCAACAGGCAGACAGCAGCAGCAAGCGACAGCAGCAGAAGCAGAACAGCAGGCGACAGGCAGCCGAGCAGCAGCAGAAGCGACAGCAAGCAGAAGCGCAGCAGCAGAAGCACAGCAGCAGAGCGACAGCAGCAGCAGGGACAGCAGAGAGCGACAGCAGCAGAAGCGACAGCAGCACAGCGACAGCAGCAGCCAGCAGCAAAGCGACAGGCAGCGAGGCCAGCAGCAGGAGCGACAGCAGGAGCAGGAUAGCUAGCAGGCAGACCGCACGCCCCCGGUGUCUGCUCGCCCGCCCUUGCAAUGGGAGCGGGGGCGGUCAGGGGGCGAGUCGUGCAGCGCGCAGAGGACCUUAA